AUGGAUCUGUACGAAGUCCUAAAAGGCCAAGAUGUUUGUGGGUGGAGUCUGCCCAGGAUGCAGGAGGCUCCUCAUUACCAAGGGGGUCAGCGGGGCAAGAAGCAUCAUUCUAGCACCUUACCUCCUACGUCACUUUACAAGCAGAGUGUCUUGCCAGCGGUGAACUGGCGGUGCAGAACAACAGUCUUAUAUGAAAGCCAGAAGUCCACAAACGUAGUCUACCAAGCCCACCAUGUGAGCAGGAACAAGAGAGGGCAAGUGGUUGGAACAAAGGGUGGAUUCCGAGGCUGUACGGUGUGGCUAACAGGACUUUCAGGUGCUGGAAAGACAACAAUAAGCUUUGCUCUGGAAGAAUACCUCGUCUCCCACGGCAUCCCUUGUUACUCCCUGGAUGGUGACAAUGUCCGUCAUGGGCUUAACAAGAACCUCGGCUUCUCUGCCGGAGACAGAGAAGAAAACAUCCGCCGGAUUGCCGAAGUGGCAAAGCUAUUCGCAGAUGCUGGUCUGAUCUGCAUCACCAGCUUCAUCUCUCCUUUCGCCAAGGAUCGUGAGAAUGCCCGCAAAAUCCAUGAAUCAGCAGGACUGCCAUUCUUUGAAAUAUUUGUAGAUGCACCUCUAAGUAUUUGUGAAAGCAGAGAUGUAAAAGGCCUCUACAAACGAGCCCGGGCUGGGGAAAUUAAAGGAUUUACAGGUAUUGAUUCUGAUUAUGAGAAACCCGAAACCCCGGAGUGUGUGCUUAAAACCAACUUAUCCUCAGUAAGUGAGUGUGUUCAGCAGGUAGUGGAACUUCUACAAGAGCAGAACAUUGUACCACACACUGUCAUCAAAGGCAUCAUUGAGCUCUUUGUGCCUGAAAACAAACUUGACCAAGUUCAAGCUGAGGCUGAAACUCUCCCUUCACUGUCAAUUACCAAGCUGGACCUUCAGUGGGUCCAAGUGUUGAGUGAAGGCUGGGCCACACCCCUGAAAGGUUUCAUGCGGGAGAAGGAGUACUUGCAGGCGAUGCAUUUUGGCACCCUCUUAGAUGAUGGAGUGAUCAACAUGAGCAUUCCCAUCGUGCUGCCCGUCUCCACGGACGACAAGACGCGGCUGGAAGGGUGCAGCAAGUUUGUGUUGACUUACGGUGGACGGCGGGUGGCCAUCUUGCAAGACCCUGAGUUCUUUGAACACAGGAAAGAGGAGCGCUGCUCCCGUAUGUGGGGCACAACGUGUGAAAAACACCCCCAUAUCAAAAUGGUGAUGGAAAGUGGGGAUUGGCUGGUUGGUGGGGACCUUCAGGUUCUCGAGAGGAUACGGUGGAAUGAUGGGCUGGACCAGUACCGUCUGACGCCUUUGGAGCUCAAACAGAAAUGUAAAGAGAUGAAUGCUGAUGCCGUGUUUGCAUUCCAGUUGCGCAAUCCUGUCCACAAUGGCCAUGCUCUGCUGAUGCAGGACACUCGCCGCCGGCUCCUGGAGAGAGGCUACAAGCACCCUGUGCUGCUGCUGCACCCCCUGGGCGGCUGGACCAAGGAUGAUGAUGUGCCGCUGGCCUGGCGGAUGAAGCAGCAUACUGCUGUGCUUGAGGAAGGGGUCCUGGAUCCUAAGUCAACCAUUGUUGCCAUCUUUCCAUCUCCUAUGCUGUACGCUGGUCCCACAGAGGUGCAGUGGCACUGCAGGUCCAGGAUGAUUGCAGGGGCAAAUUUCUACAUUGUGGGCAGAGAUCCAGCAGGAAUGCCCCACCCAGAGACCAAGAAGGACCUGUAUGAACCCACUCAUGGGGGCAAGGUGUUAAGCAUGGCCCCCGGCCUCACCUCUGUGGAAAUCAUUCCAUUCCGAGUGGCUGCCUACAACAAAGCCAAGAAAGCCAUGGACUUCUAUGAUCCAGCAAGGCACAAUGAGUUUGACUUCAUCUCGGGAACUCGCAUGAGAAAGCUCGCCAGGGAAGGAGAAAAUCCUCCAGACGGCUUCAUGGCGCCCAAAGCGUGGAAAGUCCUGACAGAUUACUACAGGUCCCUGGAGAAGAAAAACUAAGUGCUUUUUGCUGUUGGAGUUUCUUUCCGAAGUGCUCUUUGAUCACCUUUUCUAUUUUUGUGAUUAGAUGCUUUAUAUGCAGUUGCUUCUCAAUGACUGAUUUUGAAGUUAGUAUUUUAUAGGGAGACAAAAAUAAGACAACUCCAAAAUAUAAAGUUAAUCUGAAGACCGAAUCUUAGUAAGUGAAAGCAAUAUUGUUACACAUUUCAGAAUAAAGCUAGCUAUAUUUCUACUUCAUUGAGCAGGUAGGACCCAGAUUUCUUAAAAGCUUUUAUUGUGUAUCAUUUACUCGCCAGAAAGUAAAGCAUAUUUUUCCAGCUUAAAUCUUGCCAACCUGCAUUCUUCCAGCAUCAGUAAUGAAGUAAGUCAGAGGGGCAGCUUCUUCCAUACAAGGGACUCUCCUUCUGCCCCUAAAGAAAAAAUAUCACCAUAAAUGAGCUGGGGCUCAAAUCAGUAUCUUGUUUCUAUUUUACCUCAUGCUUUUAUGUAGUCUUAUUUGACCAGAGAACCCAAGCGUAUGAUAAUGUGAAUUUAAUCCUUGUGAUCUAUGAAGAACGUAACUCCAUUUAAACGAUGACUUCUAACAAUUGUAGUGUAUACUGAUGCAAGGAUUUGCACAGAAGGGCUCGUAGUCUGGCGAUGUUGUGAAAAGUGAUUUUUCUUCCUCUUUUGCUGUGCUCACUGUGUUCCACAGAGAGGCUGGGCCUGUCUGACUACACAGUAUCAGCUAUAACCUAAGAAUAUGUUACACCAUCCAACUAGUAAGAUGCUAGAACUGGAAAGACUGCAGUAAAUGUUGAACGUUAACCUUUCACUUGACAGAAAAACACACUGAGACGCGGUGGCUGCACAGGUGCAGAACACUGUAAUAAAAUGCAAGGUAGGGCAUCCUUAGCAGGUUCCCAUGCACAGUGAGCACUUAGGCCACCUGACUGCACAUCUCAAUGUCUGUGGACCCCGGACAUCACAGGAACCUGGUCGCCUCUCGGGCGCUUCACAAAGCUUCUUGAACAGAGGGUGCAUGCAAGCAGCCUUCUUGGGUAACAAAAGCUCUAGAAUGUUCUAAACUCCUUUCAGUUUACUCUAGUUGGAAACAAAUCCUCAGAUUUUUCCAAAGACAAGAGCUGUUUUGAGACACCCUCUGUUGGAUUUAUUUCCUUAGAGGCAAUCUUUUGUACUAAAUGCACAAUUCAUUGCUGGCUAGUAAUUAUGAAGACACAGCACCUUUUAUACAUAGAUCUCUCUGGAAGAGACCGAGAUAGGAAAGAGAAAACUGAUUUUUUCAUAUUCUCACUAUUUUUGAUUUUAAAUGAUAAACUUCUUUUGGGGAUUAAUUUCUUUCAAUGGCCACAGCAACAUUCAUAGGCACUCAGUGUUGCCUUUUUAAAGUGUAUUUAUUGAAAUGACAGGAUAUAGUGCCUUAACCAAAUGUACUUUACGAUUUUUAAAAAUCUAUUUAAAAUUGCCCUUCUGGUGUAGCACAUUUAUGCAAAUGAUUGUUUUCUAUGUACAACUGAUGCCUGUUCUUAUCUUAAUAAAUGUCUCAAAACAG